UGUUUAAUAAAAACAAAGUAUAUAUUGAGGUUAAGUUUGACAACUUAAAAUUUCAGCUAAAAGAAGUUGUACUAGAAACAAAGAAGCGGGUGUGCUAGAAGAAAAGAAGCGGGUGUACUAGAAAUGUGCAAAGCUGUUACAGAAAUGCGUGAGGCCUCAAAAGAAAUGUCUGAGGCAUUGGAUGAGAUGUCAGAAAUAAAACCAGUUGAGGAUUCUACGAAAGAAGCUAAUGAUUUGAAGGCUUCAUGUAGAGAGAUGGUUGUUGACGACUUUUUAAUUCGAAUCGGCCAGUUUGAGAGAGCUCAGAUUUUGUUGUUAAUUUUAUUUUUUUUUAUGUAUGUACCGACUGCAUAUCAGGUUUUAAUAACAUCUUUUGUUGGUUAUAUACCACCAUGGAGAUGUGUUAAGGGAAACAAUACAGACUGUAAAAUGGAUGGCGUUUUUUCUAUUGGAGAUGAUCUCUACGACUCAAAUUGUCACAUGAAUCGUAGCUCUUGGGAAUUUAUCCUGCCAAAAGAGUUUUCAUUAACUGUAGAGUGGAACCUUGUUUGUGAAAAGAAAACGCAAUCAUUUCUUUUAAACUCUGCACUUUUUAUUGGCUGGGCUGCUGGCACAAUCGUAUUAGGAAUACUUUCAGAUAGAUAUGGAAGGAAGCGAAUUCUUUUUCCAUGCUGGAUAGUGGUUGUUUUAUCCUCCUUUGCAUGUGCAUUUGUUAAUAACUUUUGGAUUUUUUUUGCUUUGCGACUUUUGAUGGGUUUACUACAAGGUGGAAUUUUUCUACCCAUAUUUUCAUUAACAGCUGAACUAGUUGGUCCAAAAUAUCGUAGCUUGGCAUGCACAACAAUAUCACUUGCAUAUACUUUUGCACAAUCUACUAUAGGAUUACAGGCAUGGCUAAUACCAAACUGGCGACAUCUUUUAAUAGUUUGUUCAAUCCCAUAUAUUCUUCUGCUUGCAUCUUAUACGUAUAUACCAGAAUCUGUAAGAUGGCUGCUUGUACACAACAAAAUGGAAAAAGCUGAGAAGAUUCUUCGUACAAUGGCUGCCAGAAACAAAAAAAAAUGGCCUCUUGCUACAUUAAAACCAGUAGUUUCUGUUUCAGAUCCAGGAUCGUUUAUAAACCUGUUUGUUCCAAAAGAAAAUGGAAAGAGUACACUUAUACUAUGCUUUUCUUGGUUUGUAAAUGCAUUGGUCUAUUUUGGUUUAUCCUUGGCAUCUUCAAAUUUGGGUGGUGAUCGUUAUGUUAACUUUACCAUGACGAGUUUAGUUGAAUUUCCUGGUUCAUUAAUAGCAAUAUAUUUCAGCAACAAAAUAGGAAGAAAACCAACAGUUGUAAUUUCAAUGAUUGUUUCUGGUAUGUCUUGCAUUGGUGUAUCAGUAAUACCUCAAAGCUCAGUGCAUAAUUGGGCUCGCAUUUCACUUGCAUUGACUGGAAAAUUAUUUAUUGCUGCAUCAUAUGAUGCCAUUUCAAUAUGGUCUGCAGAGUUAUAUCCAACAAUUAUUAGGAAUCAAUCUAUUGGCUUACUAUCAACUAUAAGUCGUUUUGGAGGAGCAGCAGCUCCUUGGGGAUCACAAUUUCUUAGUUAUUACAGCAAAUCACUUCCAUAUAUUAUUAUGGGAUCAUUAAGUAUAAUUAGCGGAGUAUCUUGUUGUCUUUUAAGAGAAACAAGAGGGUUGGCUUUGAAUGAGGUUUUUGGAGAACUGGCUGAUAAUGAAAGAACAGGGGUAACUAAUGAUGGGUAUAGCAAUCAGCUCGAUGUUGCGGUUUGAUUUAUGACUUAAAAAACAAUAGUUUUUUAAAUCUACAAUAUCUGAUAUUACAUGCGUUAUAGAACGGCGAUCUCAUUUAAAACGUACCAAGUGGAAAACGAACUUUCGGAUUGCACUUGCAAAAUGCAAUCUUUUUAUUAAAACUUGCCGUGUUUGAUUAUUUGUAUGCUUUAAUAUCAUAUGGAAGCGUAUUUUUGUAUGAUAAAGCAUGCUAGUUAAUCAACUUGUAGAAAUAAACAAAAUAUUUAAUUGUAAAAAUGAAAACAAUUUUUUUUUUUA